AUGCAUCGACUUAUUCUCUGUGCACUGGCGACUGUUUCAGUCACCUGGGCUCGGCCUCACCUCCCUCUUCUCUCCUCAGAGAUGGUCAACUUUAUUAACAAGGCCAACACCACCUGGAAGGCUGGACACAACUUCCACAACACUGAUAUCAGCUAUGUGAAGGGACUGUGUGGGACCAUACUGAACGGACCCAAGCUGCCAGAGGUGGUUCACAAUAUCGAAGACAUACAGCUUCCAGACAGCUUUGACUCCCGUCAGCAGUGGCCCAACUGUCCCACAAUCCAGCAGAUCAGAGACCAGGGCUCGUGUGGAUCCUGCUGGGCCUUUGGGGCAGUGGAGGCGAUGUCUGACAGGUUAUGUAUCCACAGCAGUGGUAAAAUCUCUGUGGAGAUCUCAGCUGAAGAUCUACUAUCCUGCUGUGAUGAGUGCGGCAUGGGCUGUUAUGGCGGUUUUCCACCUGCUGCCUGGGAAUUCUGGGCAAAGAAAGGGCUUGUGACAGGAGGCCUGUAUGACUCCAAAAUCGGCUGCAGGCCCUACACCAUCCCUCCCUGUGAGCAUCAUGUAAAUGGGACCCGUCCUCCAUGUCAGGGUGAACAGGAGACUCCUAAGUGUGAAGAGCAGUGCAUUGACGGCUAUUCACCAUCUUAUCAGAAGGACAAACACUUUGGUAAAAGCUCGUACAGCGUCCCCUCCCAGCAGGAGCAGAUCAUGACCGAGCUAUACAAGAACGGGCCUGUGGAGGCAGCUUUCUCUGUCUAUGCAGAUUUUCUGCUGUAUAAGACUGGCGUGUACCAGCACGUGACAGGGGACAUGCUGGGUGGUCAUGCUAUCAAGAUCCUGGGCUGGGGAGAGGAGAAUGGCACACCCUACUGGUUGGCUGCAAACUCCUGGAACAGUGACUGGGGAGACAAAGGUUUCUUCAAGAUCAAACGUGGAAAUGAUGAGUGUGGCAUUGAGUCAGAAGUCGUUACGGGAAUCCCACUCAACUAG